AUGGAGUACUCCUCAUCAUUCCCCCCUGCCAUGGAGCCCGGCAGCGCGGCCGCCCUGCCCGCGGAGGGCUCUGCGGCAUGCAGCACCCCCGAGGCUGACUACGAGGAGUUCGUGGCGCCUCCGAGCGAGCAGAGAGAGGAGAGCGCCCGCUCUGAUGGGGGUUCCGCAAGGAGCAGCCCGAGCAAGCCUGCAGAGCCGGCAGAGGGACAGGCAGCCCAAGCAGGAGCUCUGCCACCUGCCCUGGGCAGCGCUCAGGUGCCACCAGCCCCUCCUGCCCUGCCACAGCCCUGCAGUGCCCCUCCAGCAGCCAAGAGAACCAAGGCCUUCCACUGGGAUCUCGUUCCCUGGGACAAGAUCCAAAAAUCUGUCUGGGCAUCGUGUGACCCGUGCAAGAGGCAAAUAGACGUGUGCAGGCUGUGUGAGCAGUUCCAGAUCCAGGACACAGCAGUGCUUCUGGGCAGCGAGCCUCCGGUGAAUCAGCACAUCCUGCUGGACAGAAAAGUUGCGCACAACUUCAACAUUUUCCUUAAAAGUUUCCGUGUAAAACCAAGUGAGCUGAAGGACAAACUCUUCAUCGUCCACGAGGAGAGUGGGGGGCUCACAGAUGAGCAGAUAACAGCACUGAGAAGAUACUUGCCCACACCCAAAGAUGCAGAGAGGUACCUGUCCUUCAAGGGGCCUUGCUCAGAGCUGCACGUGGUUGACCAGUUCAUGUUGGAGAUGUGUAAAAUCCCCCAGCUGGGCCAGAGGCUGGAUCUGCUGCUCAGCGUCCGUGAGCUCCCCGAGAGCAUCAGAGACCUGGAGCCUCUCAUCACCCAGAACAUCCAAGCCAGCAAGCAGCUGCAGUCCAGCCCCAAGUUUGUGGCUGUCCUGGAGUACAUUUUAGCCAUGGGGAACCACCUGAAUGAAAAAGCUGGGAAGGAGGUGGCCAAAGGAUUCCGACUCUCCUCUCUGGCCAAGCUCUCCCUGCUGAGGGGCAGGGACAGGACCUUCACCCUCCUGCACGCCCUGGUGGAGCAGAUCCUGUCACACCAGCCCGAGCUGGCCACCUUCCCCCAGGAGCUGACCGAGUUUGAAACUGUUCCUGAUGCGUCCAUGAAGGGCCUCAGUGCUGAAGUUGAUGUUUUAAAAAAAGAGCUGGAGAACCUUAUCCGGAGCAGGAGGCUCCUCAAACCCAGGGCAAGCAAGGCAACAGCCCAGGAGUCCCAAUUCUGCAAGGAGCUGAAGGAUUUAAUUCAGAAAUAUGAAGGGGAUCUCUCCCAGCUGUCAAAAAGAUGUGAGGAAAUGAAGAAGCUUUAUAGCAGCGUACUGGUGAGGUUUGGGGAGCCGGCAGACCUGGACUCCCAGGAGCUCUUUGGGUGGAUCUCCUCCUUCAUCUGUGAGUUCAGGAAGGCGUGUGCUGAGCUCACACCAUGAGAACACGCAUUCCACGGAGGUGAGGGAGGGAGGAGCCCAGGAAUCAAUUUUUAAUUGGUUUAUUCUUCACUAAUAAGCAGCACCUUGCCAAUCCCACCUGUGCAGCACAACACCUUGAUUCUGAGAGACAUUCAAUUCCAAAUAUGUAAUUUUAUGUGAUAUUUAACCUGCUAUAUCCCAGAUCGCUGAUGAACCUCUCAGUUUUGUGCUUUUGUACCUUGAGAUUCCCAUAUAUUGAAAAAAAACCACUUCUGACCUUUUAUAAUUCCUCCUUUCCUUUGAAAACCCCAGCUUCUGACCCAGUUUUAAUUCUUACUUUCAUUAUUCUGUAUGGUGAUCUAAUUUCUAAAUUUCUAAUUUCUAAAUUUCUAAAGAAUACUUCACACAUUUUUAUAACGAAAUGGGGAGCUGUUACCCAGA